AGGUGCCGUGUGAUUUAGAGCAGAAGAGUGUGCCGAUUUAUCAUAUGAUGUGCAUCGAUCAGAGACGCUGUGUGGUGGUUUUCUGCAGCUCCUGGUGAGCAGAAGUGUCUCUGGUUCUCUGUCAUGAUGUCUCGGUAUCAUCAACGGUUUGAGCGUGAUUUCCGAGGCGUGUGGGAACGAAGGGAGCGAUGCGGCUCCAACGGCAGCUGCGGCGGGACGGUUAACGGCUGCGUCUCCACUUCCGCCUCCACUGCUAACAACCGUCCCGGCCUCCUGCCUCUGCCUGUCAUCCCGUCACUGCUGCCCACUCCGGCCAGUUGCACCACCAGCACCGCCAGCAACGAAAUCACCUGCAAGAGAUUGAGCCUCACCUGCAGCACAUCCAGCACCAAGGUCUCUGGACACCCGACGGCAGACACGCAGGCUCAGGGCCAGGUUCUGGCUAAUAGCGUCCGGUGGGGACAAACACCCAUUAACCAGUCCACGCCCUGGGACACAGACGAGCCACCCGCAAAGCAGAUGAGGGAGAAAGAUAUCGCAGCUCCUCUAUGGCCUCCACAAGUGUCCGCUACAGUCAGUCAGGCUGGCUUGUUGGCACACACGUUCACCCUGCCGCAGCCUCCAGUGUACAGCCAGUGCGCCACCGUCCAAACUCCCAUUAUUGGUGUGACCCCGGCGCUGCAGACUCCUCACCCUCAGUUACCCGCUCACUUCCAGCUCCCGCAGCAGCCUUCACAGCCCAUGUCCAGCAUGGUGCUCAACGUCCAGAGCCAAACGCUUGCGGUCGGUGGGCUUCCACCGAUGCCCAGCAUCUGCCAGGUGGCGCAUCCCGUCCACACGGUGGUGGGUAAUGGUCACCUGACUCAUCCUAUGGUGCAAUCCGCCGCCCUGACCUGCUCCACGCUGCCAACAAACGGACCUUUAACAAACGGCCUGCAGGAAACAUGCAGUAACGGCCUGCAGAUGCUGAGAACGGUCGGGUUGGGGAAAUAUGAGUUUACAGACCCCUGCCAUCCCAAAGAAAUGUUGAAGGAAUUGAACCAGCAGCGGAGAGAGAAAGAGUUUACAGACCUGAAAAUAAUUGUUGAAGGCAAAGAGUUUGAAGUCCAUCAAAAUGUUCUAGCUUCCUGCAGCUUGUAUUUCAAGGACAUGGUGAAAAGGUUAUCAGCAGAGAACAGAAGCGGAGAGAAGUUGCAGCUUUCGAUGAGCAACAUCAGUUCAGAUGUUCUGGAGCUUCUGCUGGAGUUUGUUUACACCGGAUCGCUCAUCAUCGACUCGGUCAACGCCAAAACCCUCCUGGAGGCGGCCAACAAGUUCCAGUUCAGCACUUUCUGCAAAGUCUGCGUCUCUUUCCUGGGUGUAGCGGAGGUGAUUGUGCUGGUGGGCGGUCGGCAGGUGGUGGGGAUGAACCAUCGCUCUCUGACAGCCGUCACCUGCUUCAACCCCCAGAACAACAAGUGGUACCCGCUGGCCAGCCUGCCCUUCUACAACCGCGAGUUCUUCUCGGUGGUCUCGGCGGGGGAUAAUAUCUACCUGUCAGGAGGUGUGGAGUCUGGUGUGACGCUGGCAGACGUCUGGUGCUACAUGUCUCUGCUGGAUAACUGGAAUCUGGUGUCUCGGAUGACGGUCUCGCGCUGCAGACACAACAGUGUGGUUUAUGACGGCAAACUCUACGCCAUUGGAGGACUCGGAGCGGCCGGAAACCUGGACAAUGUGGAGAGGUACGACACCAUCACUAACCAGUGGGAGAUGGUGGCUCCUUUGCCCAAACCGGUUCACUCUGCAGCGGCGACCGUCUGUGGAGGGAAGAUCUAUGUGUUUGGAGGAGUGAACGAAGCUGGCCGCUCUGCUGGAGUUCUCCAAUCAUAUGUGCCUCAAACCAACGCCUGGAGCUUUAUUGAGUCGCCUAUGAUUGAUAACAAAUACGCCCCGGCUGUGACUCUGAAUGGUUAUAUCUUCAUCCUGGGAGGAGCGUAUGCCAGAGCCACCACCAUCUACGACCCCGAGAAGGGAAACAUCAAAGCAGGACCCAACAUGAACCACUCCAGACAGUUCUGCAGUGCGGUGGUCCUGGACGGUAAGAUCUUCGUGAGUGGCGGCAUCGUGAGCAGCGAAGGUCCGGCGCUGGGAACCAUGGAGGCCUUGGAUCCCUGUGCCAAUGUGUGGACGCUGCAGCAGAGCAUGCCAUGCCCGCUCUUUAGACACGGCUGCGUGGUUAUUAAGAAGUACAUUCAGAGCGGCUGACGCUGACACGGAGGAACACAACCCGUCUCUGGCACACCGGACACCCACUUUUUUUUUUCCCACACAGGCCAGGAUUAGCAGUGCUGAUGCCGAAGCCUCGCUCACUUUCUGACACACACUGGGAAUGUAGAAGCUAAUCUUCCCUGCCGGCGCAAAACAGGCCUUCGUGUAAAAUAGUGCACCUGACAGAGCUGUCGUUCAUGUGUGUCGUGGCUCUAGCCUUAAUGCUCUGUGGCCAUGGGGAUUUUUACAUACAGUUGAAGUCAGAUUUAUUAUCCCUCCUGUGAAUUUUUUACUUUUUUUUUCUAAAUGGUGUUUAACAGAGCAAGGAAUUUUUCUCAGUAUUUUCUGUAAUAUCUUUUCUUCCGAAGAAAGUCUUAUUAGUUUUAUUACGGCUAGAAUAAAAGCAGUUCUUAAUUUAUUUAAACCAUUUUAAGGUCAAUAUUAUUAGCUCCUUUAAGCAAUAUGUUUUUUCGAUUGUUUACAGAACAAACAUCAUUAUACACUUACCUAAUUACCCUAACUUGCCUAAUUAACCUGGUUAAACCUUUAAAGGUCACUUUAAGCUGAAUACAAGAUCCUUGAAAAAUAUCUAGUCAAAUAUUUACUGUCAUCCUGGCAUAUCUAAAGAAAUUAGAUAUUAGAAAUUAGUUAUUAAAACUAUUAUGUUUAGAAAUGUGUUGAAAAAAUCUUACUAAACAUGAAUUGGGGAAAAUAUAUACAAGGGGCGAAUGAUCCGGAGGGCUAAUAAUUCUGACUUCAGCGUAAAAUGUUUUGGCAUUGUCACCGUUUUAAUGUUUAAAUUCAUUUUUCUGUAGAACGGGUGGGCAAACUCGGUCCUGGGGGCUGGUGUCCUGCAGUGUUUUGCUCCAACACUAAUCAAAUACACCUAAACAUGCUAAGCAGUGUCUUGAGGAUCACUAGAAAGCUCUAGGCAGAUGUGUUUGAUUAGGGUUGGAGGUAAACUCUACAGGACACCGGUCCUCCAGGACCGAGUUUGCCCACUCCUGCUGUAGAAUGACACCGUCUGGUUUCAGUAAGAGAUAUAAUGGUUCACUCAGUCAUAUAUUAUUUCAUUCAGAAGCCUUUUUCAAUAUCGUAUGGAGCAAAGGAACAAGAUACACUGUAAAAAAGAUCUGUUAAUUAACAGCUUCUGUAUUUUGUGAUGUUUUCUGUUUGAUUACUGUUGUGAAUUGCAUUAUGGGAUGUUGAUCUCUGCUCUGUUGACUUUUGAUGUUGUAAAUUUAACUCAGUACAGUUUUAUAAAGUGACUUUUAUUGACAUUUUAGUAGUUUGAAAUAUUAUAGUGUAUAAGAAAUAAUAUAGAGAAAUAAGUCUGUAAAAUAAUAGAAAAUGUACUGACAGUUUAUUACAAGGUUUUUGUAGUGUAAAAUUCAACACCAACACUGACAAUAUAGCACUUUAAAUGAUUAAAAUUGUUCAUAAAAGUCACUGUUUCAAACUUUUAAGUAUUAAAAGUUGUUAGGAAAAUGAUCAAGGCCCCAUAAUGCAGUUCAAAAUCAUAAAUAAAUGGAGAAAAAAAAAAAAAGAAUCACAAAAUAUGGAAAGCUGAAUAUUUUUUACAGUGUAUGUCACUAAGAGUGCACUGUAAAACCUUAUUUGACCUCUUUAUUAGUCCAGUUCACUCCAAGAAUGAUAAUUAUAAUUAUUUUACACUCCAAAAAAGCUUUGUACUUGCUAUUUCUGUCUAAAAAUAUAUAUAAUUUACACACCCCUCAAGACGAAAAUGUAACAUUUAUUCACCCUCAAGCUUUCCUAAGUGUUUACGCUUUUCUUCUUUCACAUCAGCUAUGUUAAAAAUAAUAUCUUGACUCUUUUAAUGAACUUUGUAAUAGUAUUGAAUGGUGCCCGAGUUUUUAAAACUCCAAAAAGCACAAUUAUCCUUUAUAAAAGUAAUAUAGGAUUUACUGAAUUCAUUAUGAAGUGAAGCUCUAAAAUCCAUACUAGCUAACCAUCUUUACUAGCGUCAAGAAAAUAGAAAGAGAGUUGACUUGUACAACAUAUAAAUGAUCAUUGAUAGACACUCAAGUGCAUCAUUUUAAGAUGGAUACCAAUACCAGUAAACUACAGUAUAGCCAAAACAUUUCACUUCAGAGAGCCAUCUCGAGUCUCACCCUAGUUUCUUUUUUUUUCAUUAAAUCAAAUAAUUGUUAUUGUUUAGUCUGUUGUUAGACUGGUCUGGGGAAAAACUGGUGAAACCAUCGCACGCACCUCAAGCUUUACCUUUGAAAUUAUAUGGAUCUUGGGCGUUGAAAACAGGAGAGGAAAAACUAAAUAAAUAAAUAAUAAUUAAAAAAUGAAGAUUUUUUUUUUGAUAGAAACAGAAAAGGAGAACAAAUAAAACAAAAGGGAAAUAAAGAAGUAUCUAAAUAACGAAUUAUAAUGUGGGGAAAUAUUAAUAAGAUUAAUAUGAGAUACUUUGUUUAGUUUUUUCCUUUUAAUUAAUUUAUUUUUAAUUAGAUUUGAUAUUAAAGACAUUUUUUUAACCUCUACCUGACCCCCUCUCCCCCCUCCCCUCUUGUUUAUGUACUGAUGAAGGUGUUGUUGGGGAAUGGCUUCAGGCAAAGAGAAUCUUCAAUGGAGAUGAAUUCUGUUAACAAAUUUUUCCAGGAUGAGAUGUGAAUGAUAUUUAUUGAUUUCCAGCUCACCCUAGUUUCUGCUACAUCAUGCAAAGUAACUUUUUUGUGAAUACUGUAUGAAGCAAGCCAGUAAUAAUUGUUUAUUAAGUUUUAAAUAAGGAUAUUUUGGUCCCACUAUUUACUAAAUGGCCUUAAUUACUAUGUACUUACAUUUAAAUGACCUUGUAGUUAGGUCAACCUUUAUGUACUUCAAUGUACAAUUCACGCUAUUAACAAACCAUUAACUAAGAAUAUUAGCUCAAUAAACUGCUCAUUUUCUGCUUAUUAAUAGUUAGCAAGGUAGGGUAUAUUGGGCAGGAUUAGGGAUAUAAAAUAAGAUCAUACUUUAUACAGUAAGUGCUAAUAAACCGUUUUAAACAAUCUUAAUAAUAGGCAGGUAAUAUUCCAGUAGUGUGAAUUGUUACUUAAACUAAAGUGUUACCUGUAAAUUGUAUGCAAUUUGUACUAUGUUUUGAUGUAAGUACGUUGUAGUUAAUGCCACCUAAUAUAUAGUGGGACCUAAAUUUUUCUUACAAAAAGCUGUCACUUUACCUUAAAAGCCAUGCAUUAACCCUCUGUAGUCAUAUGGGUUACUGUUGGAUGCACUUUUUGUGGUGCAAAAACUCGAGCACCGUUUGAUCCCAUUAAAAGAGUCUGGGAAAAUAUCCAUUCAAAUAUUAUUUACUGUCAUCAUGGCAAAGAUAAAAUAAAUCAGUUAUUAGAGAUGAGUUAUUAAAACUAUUAUGAUUAGAAAUGUUCUGAAAAAAUCUCUCCUUUAAACAGAAAAUGGGGAAAAAAUAAACAGGGGGCUAAUAAUUCUGACUU